AUGAAGAUCGAGACCACAUUCAAACUCAAGGAAGCUCUCAGUUCUCUGGGCAUCUCAGACAUAUUUGGUUUCAAUGCCGACCUCAGUGGAAUUGCUGAGCCACCUCCACCGCUCAUCUCACAAGCCACUCAUAAGGCAAUCAUUGAGGCUAGCUUCUAUGUGCUGUUGAUCGAGGAUGGCACGACGGCGGCAGCGGCCACUUUGUUCAAAGCCCAAUGGAAGUCGUUAAGAGUCACUGUACCUAUAGAAUUCCGUGCGGACCAUCCAUUUUUGUUCAUUCUAACCAAAGAUAAAAAUCCUCUGUUCAUGGGUCAAUUUAUG